AUGGAGGUUGCAGCUCUCAUGUUGAUGCUGCUGGUUGUACAUGUGGAGCAAAGUUAUCCUCAGACAUCUGGUGCAAAUGUUCACAUCGUUCCAUCCAGACUUCAGCUGUUUGAAUACGAGCCGGUCUCUUUUAUCUGCGAUGGGUUGAACACCUCCGCCGGAUGGAAAGUGAGGAACAUGAAGAAAUUCAUUCAGAGAUGUUCCAACAGCCCAACGUUGACCUGCAGCAUCCAGAAUUCCUUUGUGUCAGACAGCGGACAAUACUGGUGUGAAAAUGCAGAACAGAGGAGUAACGCUGUCAGCAUCAACGUCACCGCUGGUUCUGUGAUCCUGGAGAGUCCUGUUCAUCCCAUAAUGGAGGGAGAAGCUGUGACUCUUGGCUGCAGACACAAGACGACGUCCUCCAACUUCACAGCUGAUUUCUACAAAGAUGGCCGCCUCACUGGGAGCAGCUCCACGGGAAACUUGACAAUCAGAAGACUUUCUAAAUCCGAUGAAGGACUCUACAAGUGUAUGUCUGGACAUGAAGUAUCUCCAGAAAGCUGGCUGGCAGUCAGGAGUAAAUCCAACACAGGUGGAGGCGUGACCCCAGAGAAUCCUGUGAAUGAAGAUUCUAAAGGCUCAGUGAAACAAAGUCAGGACUCAAACACACAACAAACACACAAAACAGUUGUGUUCCCAGCAGCAAACAAACAGAUGACUUUUCUGCUCCAUAUCUACGUCCUGCUGUGGGUUUCCAUCGCUGUUGUGUUGACUCUGCAGCUGCUAGUGUUGGGACUGCUUUACUGGAAGAGACAACUCGUCUUACUAGAGAUACAGAUGACUGACCCCAGCAAGGACUUGGACCCAGUGCCCAACAAAGUCAAGAAAAACAAAGAUGCUGCAGAUAGUUUGAGCCUCGACUUCGAGACAAACCACAGCAAGAACCCAGAAAAAGAUGAAGAUGAAUUCCUGCCUCAAACUUUUCAGUCCACUCACUGGUGACUCUCUGCAGGUUUUUUGCUAAUGUCAUUUUUUUCUUCACUGGAGGCUCAGUUUUCUCUCUAACAUGAAGUCCUGCACCUCUGUGGAAACAGAACAACCACGAUUAAGGAGGCAGAACUCUGAAAUGCCAAAAAUGACUUUUUACUUUCCAACAAAGAGCCCUAUUGUGGUCAUGAGACUCUAUUUGCUACCUUUGGGAUGCUGUUAAGUUAAUCUAGGAUUUUCUUUUUGUUUUCAUGAUGAAUAAUUCAAGCAAGCAGCUGAUUAUUAGCCUGUUUCUGUUUCUUAAAGAUCACUGACAGCAGAAUUUCCCUGAAUGAAGGAGACAAUGGGAUAAUUUGCUUUCUAAUUACAGUUACUGAGAUUGUGUUCAGUUUUAUUUCUUAGAUGUUCAUUUAGUGAAAUAUUUCGAUGCCAGUGUGUUUGUAUUCUCAAGUUUUUGAUAAUAUAAAACA